CAGUCAACUUCAAAAGCAGCCAGUAGAGACUUUCUUGCAAAGUUUGGGAAGGAACUCAAAAAUGCUGAGGGCUGCAGACAAUGUUGUUAUGGAGCAGGAGGGCUCUGCUUCCAGAAAUGGAGAAAUGACAAGUUGGGAUAUCAAUGACAUCAAACUUCCCCAGGACGUGAGACAGACAGACUGGUUUCAGGAAUGGCCGGAUUCCUAUGUGAAACAUAUCUAUAGCUCAGAGGAUAAAAACGCUCAGAGGCACCACAGUAGCUGGGCAAUGAGAAACACCAACAACCACAACUCGCGCAUCCUGAAGAAGUCCUGCCUUGGGGUGGUGGUCUGCGGCAACGACUGCUCGACCCUGGAUGGGAGGAAAAUCUACCUUAGGCCAGCCAUAUGUGAUAAAGCUAGGCAGAAACAACAGAGGAAAUGCUGUCCAAACUGCAACGGACCCCUGCGGCUCCUUUCCUGCCGAGGCCACGGUGGUUACCCCGUUACCAACUUCUGGAGGCAUGAAGGCCAGUUCAUAUUUUUUCAGUCCAAAGGGGCUCAUGACCAUCCACGUCCAGAAACAAAACUAGAAGCCGAAGCACGGAGGUCAGUCCAAAAAGCACGGACAGCUUUUUCUCCGCCUUCUCCUAGGUUAAAAAGACUCCGGGAGAUCAAGUCUCUGACAGGUGAGACGCCCACCCAGGAGGCCUUGCCUUUGCUGCUUUCCAAGCCGGACGGUUACGUGCUACCUGCCAGUUUUGGGGGACAUUUAAGCAAACGCUCUCCAGAGCAGACACCGAGCAGCUGCUUUGGGCAGCCGCCGUACCUGAGGGUGGCUGGGGAGGACAAGGAGGGCCGGGUGCACCCUGCCCAUGGCGGCUCAUGCACACAGGCCUGGAGCAGCACCCAGCAGGUCCCCAGCGUGCCACUGGUGACAAAGGGUGGCCACAACCCCCUCAGGCCUGGUGCUGGUCCUUCAGGGGAGGAAACCUGCAAGAGAAAAGGCCCUCUGGCCUACAGCAGCGGCUGCCAUACCUUCCCUCCUCCACCAUACCCCCCGCCUCAGCAAGGGCCCUGCCUGGUGGGGUCACACCACCACCACCAUCACCACCACCAUCACCACCACCACCUCCCAGCACUCCUCAAGGGAAGCCAACGAGAUGAGGAAGAGGCAAAGCACUGUACAAACCCCAGCUACUGCAACAACGACAUGUUUUUUAACCUGUACCCGUUACGGUGACCGAGUUAACAUUUCCUCUCUGUCAUCCACUUCUGGCAAUGGGGCUAGCUCUCCAUCCCCGGCUACCAUGCUGAUUCCCUCUUUAUCUUCUCUUUUAGACCUGAGGAAGGGCUUUUGUGCCUGCAGACCCAUCUCUGCUCUUUUUUUUUUUUUCUAAAAAAUAAAAAUAAAAUUAAAAAAUUCCCCCACUAAUUCAUUGAUCUAAUAAAAAGCAUCAUCUCUUUCUACAAACUACCUUGCUACCAUCGCAUUUUGGUAGCAUUUCAUACCACCAGUCCUACGACUAUACUGGCUGACCCAGUUUCAGACGUGUAUUUUGAAGGUGCCUCACCGCUUUUUCCAUCCACUUUUCAGGUCUUUCAUUGCACGCUGUAACAAAUCCUUCAGCAUCCUUUCCUACAGAUCACCCUAUUUUCUGACCACUUCUGUAAGCUGUAUUUCAUCAGGAGAUAUCCAUUCCCUAACAUCUGUUUAAAAAACAUAGCAUGCCAAAUAUGAUAUUUUUUGCCUGAAUUUAGUGAUCUGUCUUUGAGAUCUUUGGCAAAGGUUUCUUUACCUUUUUCCCAUAAUUCAUAUCUGACUUUCCCUACCUCUCUUGCUCUCUGCACUGCGUUUCAGGGGCCACCAAGCCCGCACCAUGCAGAGGGAGGCACCAACACGUCCCACU